AUGAACUUCCUUGCUAGUGCAAUAGGUUCUUUAACGGGAUCAUCGAUACCUUACAACAUUGGAGAGGAGCAGAAGCUCAGUUCAGAGUUCCCGCAGAGCAUUUGGAAGGUGUUUGAUGGAACAAAGAAGGACGAUGGAAGCUGCUGCACCAUAUUUCAGAGAAACAAAGAUGGCAGUGAACAAGAUGCGUUGGCGCUGAAUGCCCUUAGAAAGCUUAGAUCAAUGCGUCUGCCUGGUGUUUUGAAGGUGUUGGACACGUUUGAGAUGGAUUCUGUGCUUUACAUCGUAACCGAACGUGUUGUACCAUUGUGCGAUGUUUUGAGAGCCGUGGAAACUGCUGAUGAGAUGCUCAUACUGGUUACUUAUUAUGUUGCAAAGGCUGUUAAGUUUAUCAAUGUGGAAGGUGGGUCUGUAUUGGGACAGCUAUCACCAGCAACAGUGUACGUCACCAAAUCAGGUGAAAUAAGAGUUGGUGGGUUCGAAGUAUGUACUAAUUUGAGCAGCGAUGCACAACAACCACUGUACAAGUCUUCAUAUGCUUUACCUGGGUUUAACGAUUACCUUCCACCAGAGGUGAAUGAAAAGGGAAUCGAUUCAUUAAGAGGCAAAAUGGCGCUCAAGUUGGACUCUUGGAGACUGGCGACUUUUAUCUACACUUUGUUCCAUAAUGGUGAUUACCAUUUUGAUAUCAGUGAACUGGCCACUAUGAAGUUGAUUCCUAAAGGUCUUGCUGGUCAAAACUUCUCCAAAUUGAUCUCUCCGUCUCCAACGACAAGAGGUACAGUUGAACAGUACUUAUCCAGAGUUUCUACAUUCGAUCACUCAGUGUUGAUAAACGUUUAUGAGCACUUGGAUGAGUUCACUCUCAAAUCAGAAGAUGAAAAGAUCAGACUCUUUGAUUCUUUAGAUAGUGUCAAAGCUGAUGCCCUUCCAGGGUUUUUGGAAUACAGGGUUAUACCUGAAUUGGCGCAGUUCUUCACACAAGCUCCAACACAAGCUGCGUUAUCGUUGAAAUAUAUCUUAUCAUAUUCAGAAACUUUACCAAAGAUUCCAUUUGACUCAUUGGUGAAGCCCAUCAUCUUGAAAGCGUUCACCAUUCCAGAUAGACAAAUCCGUAUGCUAUUAUUGGGGUUCCUACCAAAGUAUGUCGAAAAUCUGACCAAAAAUGAUAUUUCAGAUCAAAUGUUCAAUUCAUUCGUUACUGGAUUUUCAGACUCCAAUGAAGUGAUCAGGGAGGAGACGAUAAAGGCUGUUAUCUACAUUGCACCAAAAUUAAGCGAUCGCCAGUUGAACAACGAACUGUUGAGAUAUUUGGCUAAGACUCAAAGCGAUCAAAAACCUGAUAUUAGGACCACCACAACGAUUCUUUUGGGUAAAAUUGCGGAACAUUUAAACAAGAGCUCAAGAUCCACUGUUCUAGCGACUGCAUUUGGUAAGUCUUUAAAAGAUCCACAUUUGCAAUCCCGUCUUGCUGGUUUACUUGCUCUGUGUACAUGUUUAGACUAUUUUACACCAGAUGUUAUUGCCAAUAAAAUCCUGACGGUUAUUGCUCCUAGUUUGUUGGACAGGAGUUCAAGGGUUCGUGACGAGGCACAGAAGGCUUUUGACAUGUUCUUCAACAAGAUUAAAGAGGAGGCCUCUAAAUUGCCAGUGGAUGCAGAUGAAGCAGAUGAUACAGUUGAACAAGUU